CUUAUAAAGAAGCUUUCACCUAUAUAUACAGGUACAAUUUUCACCUUCAAAACAACAAAUUCCCCAGCCAAAUGGAUAGUUCUUGGAUUCUUUUUGCCUUACUAUAUGCAGUUGUAAUAGCCUUUGCCUCAAAACUAUUCCGAACCAAACCAAACCGGAAAAUCCCACCAGGUCCAAAACCAUGGCCUAUAAUAGGAAACUUGAACCUUAUUGGUCCGAUCCCACAUCAAUCCUUUCACCACUUAUCCCGAAAAUAUGGCGACAUUAUGCAGCUCAAGUUCGGAAAAUAUCCAGUCGUGGUUGCAUCAUCACCCGAGAUGGCCAAACAGUUCCUGAGGGUGCAUGAUGCGAGCUUCGCCUCCAGACCCCCACUUGCAGCUGGCAAAUAUACCAGCUACAACUACAGGGACCUAGUAUGGGCCCCACAUGGCCCAUACUGGCGCCAGACUCGGAGGAUUUACUCGUAUGAGGUCUUCAAGAAUAAGAAGCUCGAGCUCUAUGAGCAAGUACGUGUUGCUGAGAGGCAAUAUUUCUAUUCAAGCAUACGGGCCCUGGCUGGUAAGCCUGUCGUGCUGAAAGACCACCUGUCGCGCUAUAGUUUGACAACUACAUGGAAGAUGCUAUCAAGAGAUGAGUAUUUUAGUGAGGGAAAUUCUGUCUUAAAUAUAGAUGAAUUGCACAAGAUGGUUGAUGAGUGGUUUUUGCUUUCUGGAGUUUUUAACAUUGGAGAUUGGAUUCCAUGGCUGAGUCCAUUUGAUUUGCAAGGAUAUGUCAAGAAAAUGAAGGCCUUGAACAAGAAAAUGGAUAAGUUUUACAACUAUGUGAUUGAUGAUCAUUUAGCUAGAAGAGUUGAGGAGAAAGACGAAAUUGCCCCUAUGGAUUUUGUUGAUACUCUGUUGCAAAUAACAAAGGAUGGCAAUAAGGUUGAAGUUGAGCUCACAAGGGAUUGUGUCAAGGCAUUGAUACAGAAUUUGAUAGUGGGAUCCAUGGAUACAUCUGCCACAACGAUCGAAUGGGCUAUACAUGAAAUUCUUAGACAACCACGUAUAAUUGAGAAGGCGAAAGCAGAGUUGGACAAAGUGAUUGGAAGAGAGAGAUGGGUGGAAGAAGAUGACAUCUCUCAAUUACCCUAUUUGGAUGCCAUUGUGACGGAGACAUUCCGGCUUCACGCAGUGGGCACAAUGUUAGCCCCCCAUUACGCGAUGCAAGACUGUAACGUUGCAGGCUACGACAUAUUAAAGGGGACUACUGUUUUUGUCAACGUGUGGAGCAUAGGUAGGGACCCCAAGGCGUGGGACUCCCCAGAUGAGUUCCUUCCCGAGAGAUUUAUAGGGAAGGAAACUGAUGCGUUUGGGAGCAACUUCGCAUUGCUCCCCUUUGGCUCGGGUAGGCGGGUAUGCCCUGGAAUUAACCUCGGACUUAAGGUCGUUCGAACAAUGCUGGCUAAUUUGUUGCACGGAUUUGACCUAAAAUUGGUCAAUGGCAUGAGGCCUGAAGAUGUGUCUCUCGAAGAGGAGUACGGACUCAGCACACAUCCUAAACAUCGACUUUCCCUACUCAUGGAACCUACUUUGCCAUUGCGUCUUUAUUGAAUUAUAUGUUAUUUCUCAAUGAGUGUACUAAAUGGUAUAGUUGGUAGAAUGAAUGAGUUUGUAAUUAAUUUAUAAAAUUUAAUAUGUGCUAGCAAAUCUUUAUAUAUUUCAUGAGUUAAAAUGCGUGAUUUA